UUUACAUUUCAUGAACAAAAUCAUACUAAAAAUAAAUAUCGGCUGUGAUAUUGUGUAUUUUGGUUGAAGACAAGUUUUAUUCAAACGGGUUAAAGAUUGUCGGAUGUUGUUGUCUUGUUCGCGUUUGUCUGCCGUGAAGUUGUAAAGAUGGCGUCGGAUCCGGACGAGCCGCUGUACUGCAUCUGCCGACAGCCUUACGAUGUCACACGCUUCAUGAUCGAGUGCGACGUGUGCGAAAACUGGUUCCACGGAAGCUGUGUGGGAGUUGAAGAGCACCAGGCAGCAGAUAUAGACAAGUACCACUGUCCCAACUGUGCCAACUUCCACGGGCCUCUUGUCUUGAAGAGAAGGAGAAACUGGCACCGACACGACUAUUCAGAAAUUGACACUGGUUCCAAGGCAGUGCAAACGGGGACAGUAGUGUUCAUCAAGGAGCUUAGGAACCGCACCUUCCCAAGUGCUGAUGAGGUUAUAUUGAGGUUAGCCGGCCAUGACUUGACUAUAGACUACCUGGAGAGAAAUGGGUUCUCUGUACCCCUACUGGUGCCCCGUAAGGAUGGGCUGGGAUUGGUGGUGCCCCCGGCUACAUUCUCCAUCAGCAAUGUGGAGGAAUUUGUGGGUUCCAUGCGUGAGAUCGACGUGAUUGAUGUUUGUCGACAGGAGGACCACCGCAUGUUGAUGAGGGAGUGGACAGAGUACUACAACUCUCCCAACAGGAGCAAGGUUCUCAACGUCAUCAGUCUGGAGUUCUCCAAAACAAGGUUGACUGAUCUGGUCAGACCCCCACACGUAGUACGACAGAUGAGCUGGGUGGAUAACUGGUUCCCGGAACAGCUCCCUGAAGACUGUCCCUACAGCAGGCCUUAUGUCAGCAAGUACUGCCUCAUGGGGGUCAAGGACUCCUACACAGACUUCCAUGUGGACUUUGGAGGGACCUCCGUAUGGUACCAUGUGUUAAGGGGAGAGAAGAUAUUUUACCUCAUUCGUCCGACGCCGACCAACCUUGGACUGUACGAACGCUGGGCUUCCUCGUCCAACCAGAGUGAGAUGUUCUUUGGUGACCAGGUGGACUCGUGCUACAAGUGUGUGGUCAAGCAAGGACAGACACUCUUCAUUCCUACAGGUUGGAUCCAUGCAGUACUAACCCCCGUAGACUCUCUGAUAUUUGGUGGAAACUUCCUACACAGCUACAACAUAGGAAAACAGUUGCAAGUUUAUGACAUGGAGAAGAGACUAAAGACCCCUGAGAAGUUCCUGUUCCCGUACUUUGAAGCCACAAACUGGUACGCAGCCAAAAACAUCAUGGAGAACCUCAAGGAGUAUAAUGAGGACUUGCGAGUGCCCCCUCGGUACCUGCUGGAUGGAAUACACUCACUCCUCACCGCACUCAGGAGCUGGACUUCUCGCAAAGAGGUGAGCACAGUGUAAAGGGAAAAGUUUGUCAAAAGCCACAAGGCAGAGGUCCCCGAGGUGGUCCAUCACACCAAACUCAUCAAGGACCUGGCCAGGGAGUUGAAAACAGCAGAGGUGGGAGGCACCGCCUACAAUACACUAAAUGUGAAGCCACCAAAGUCAGAAAAGAAGAAGAAGUCCAAGGAGAAACCUUCCAAAGGGAAGAGUAAGAAGGUGAAAGUUAACCCCACACAAGAGGCAAACCUGGACCUGCUGGAACAGUUCACACAGAACAAACUACAGGAAAUCUCCCAUACUAAGGAAGCCAUGCCCUCCCUGAAGGUGCGUAUCCCCAAGGCUGGUGCCUUCAUCCCCCCUGCCACAUCCACUCCAGCCACCACUGCAAACACUAACAUCACUACUGACGGGAAGGGACUCAAACUGGUGCUGUCUAACGGGAAAAUUGUUAGCGGUGAAUCAGGUCACCGCCAGCAAAGUCGAGUUGGAGAGUUCCAGCCCCUGGUCAUGAAGGACGACUCGAGCGACGAGGAAACUCUGGUCAUCAGUGAUGAGCCAGCCAGCUCAGGCAAACUCAGACUCAAACUCUCAUUUAACGGCAGGACUAACGUCAGAGAUGCGGCCCCCGGAAACUUGUCGUCUCCAGACAGAGGUUUCAUGUCGUCAGACAGUAGCAUGGCUUCCCCUCUCCACCAAAGAUUGAGUCAGGGUGGCCAGAUCCAGCUGUCCGCCCGUCAGCAGCAGCCUCCCCCCGCCCCCCACAGAACGGUGGGGACCAUCGAGGACCUGCUGCAGGCCAGUCAGUACAGCGAGGUGCCAGACAUCACACCUGGGCAGCUACAGGUCGACUUUCCUGAUAUUCAGGAGGAACUCAAAAAUACGCCUGCCUCCCCGGCUAUGCAGGAUGCAGUGCAGGCCAUGUUGUCAAUGGCUCUUCCAGUCAAUGUCUCCCCUCCCGCCCCUGUACGUAAAUCCAGCCUCCUGAGCAAGAAGUCUAGGAAAGACCAGCCAAGUAGAUCUGCAGAGUCCAAAGAAGAAAGAGCAAAGAAAGUGUACAGUUUUGAUGAGGAGGAUGAUGAUGCAUCUGUGGAUCCCUGUUAUAAAGAUGACCAGUAUGUGUACCCAGCCCUACAAGGUUCUGAGGACGAGGCUCCCGUCUUCAAACCUCGCUCCAAGAAGCCCAAAAGGGACCCACAAGAUGCCCCAUGGAAUCCUAAAGCCAAAGUCAUGCCAUCGGUACCCAGACCAGAGCGCGCACCAAGAGAGGGUGUUCGUAAACCUGAGGUGGAGAGUGCUUUAGCUGACGCUGCGGCUAAGUUGGGUGAGAAGAAGCCAGCCAAGAGGAAGUACACCAAGAGGAAACUGAGUGAGAGUGUGGAUGACCAGCCCCCCCACCCCUCCUCCCUGCUCAGUAAGUCCCACAGCGCCAUCAACCACCCCCUCAUGAAGAGUAAGCUGGAGGGGGACGUGCUGUCCGAGAGCGCGCCCGCCUCCGUCUUGGGAGCGGCCGGGAAGAUGGCCAUGGAAAGUCCAAAAUUGAAGAGACCGAAGAAAGGCAUGGCCACAGCCAAACAGAGACUGAGCAAGAUCCUCAAGCUCAACAAGGGAGGCCGACUUAUUAUCUAACAGGGCACUAAUAGUACACAGAGGAACACAAGGCCAAAUACGUUUGUC